AUGUCGUUAUCGUACCAUGUUCCAAGCGGAGAUGACGAACCCAUGCUCGGCCAUUUAGCACGUUUUAUCGAGGUUAACAACGAUGUUCCAAAAUUCCGAAUGCCUGAUCAACCAUUAACAGAACAAGCUGCAUCUUCCAUCAUUCGUAGUGAACUCAGACUGGACGGCAAUCCUGAUCUAAAUUUAGCUUCAUUUGUCACAACUGAAGUCGAUGAUGCGUGUCUGCAUUUAAUGAUGAAGAAUUUAAACAAGAAUCUAGUUGACACAAGUCAAUAUGCUCAUAGUAAUGAAAUUCAAGAUCGAUGUAUCAAUAUUUUAGCUAAUUUAUUCCAUGCUCCAUCGAUUGAAGAAGGUGGUGCUGUUGGCACUGCAACUGUUGGAUCGAGUGAAGCCAUUAUGUUAGGUGGUCUAGCCCUUAAAUGGCGUUGGCGAGCUAAGCAAGCUGCUAAACAUGGAAAGAAGAUCGAAGAGAUCACCACUCGAUGUAAUUUGAUAUUCAGCGCUGCUGUUCACGUUUCUGUUUUGAAAUUAUGCCGAUAUUUCGAUAUCGAUGUUCGAAUAAUCCCGUUAGAAGAAGAUUCCUACACUCUCAAUAUCGAUCAAGUUAUUGCACAAUGUGAUGAAAAUACAUGCGGUGUACUCGCUAUCCUCGGUACGACGUUAACAGGCGAAUUCGAAGAUAUCAAACGAUUGAAUGGUGCUCUAUUGAAACUGAAACACGACAAAAGAUUGGAUAUUCCGAUUCAUGUUGAUGGCGCUUCUGGAGCUAUGAUUGCUCCUUUUGUUUUUCCCGAAAUCGAAUGGGAUUUUCGAUUAGAACAGGUUCGAUCAAUUAAUACAAGUGGACACAAAUAUGGCUUGGUGUUACCUGGUUUAGGUUGGGUUAUUUGGCGUGGUAAAGAGGAUCUACCGGAAGAUUUAAUCUUUCAUGUGAAUUAUCUUGGUAUUGAUGAACCGACAUUUAAUCUGAACUUUUCACGUUCUGCUGCGAAUGUUAUCGCUCAAUAUUAUCAAUUUCUCCGAUUAGGUAUGGAAGGUUACCAACGAAUUAUGCAAAUAUCAAUUAACAAUGCUACGUACUUGGCUGAUUCUUUAGCAUCCAUAGGUGAUGACUUGUUCCUUAUCCGUAGUCAAAACGACAGACCUUCAUUACCUAUGGUGGCAUUUUCCUUGAAUCCUGGCAAAAAACUUCAAUUUAAUGAAACAGUUCUUGUCCAACGUUUAAAGGAAUGUGGUUGGAUUAUACCGGCAUAUACACUUGCAGCAAAUGCGAAUCAUAUAACUGUCUGCCGUAUCGUUGUACGAGAAACUUUUACGCACAACAUCGCUUCGAUUCUUCUUGAAGAUAUUCGACUUGUAUUGAUUCGUUUAGCCAACGAAUAUGGGCAUCAAGAAUUGGCUGAUUUAUUGCAAGUGUCAGACAAGAAUAAGCAUCAUCAACAUCGACGAUCGAAACAGCAUGACGAUAAAGUAACAUCACAUGCAAAUAAGAGCAAGCACAAACAAACCGUUCAUAUCAUUUGUUAG